AUGAAUGUUCUUAACGAGAAGAAGCAGACGUCGUCUGGAUAUGAGAAGCCUUUUCAAUUCCAUGAGAAUUGUACAAUCUUACCUGAUGGCAAGGGCCAAUUCGUUCUUGAAGAACUCUCUGGUGUCAGCUGGGGCCUGAGCAAGAAGAGCACGGAGCUCGGUGAUCUCUUGAGCGUGGAUUCUUCCCAAGAAUUCCAAUUCAAUCUUGAGAUCAUCUUCUUCAGCUUGAAGACGGAGACGGUCAGCAAUAGCCGCAUCAAGCUCGUCCUUGGCGGCAGCGAGUUGAAGAUAAAGUUGAUCUUGCUCGGCAUACAAUCUUUUCUCCUCGUCCAAAAUGGCGGCAUAACGGGACUUAUUUGUGUCAAGUUCAGCUUGAGCUUGAGAAAUAGCUCCUCCCCAAGUGAAAGUUUCCCAAUUUCAAACCUUAAUUUGUCCGAUGUCAUUUCCAAGGGAUCCACGAAGAGAAUCCAAUUCAAUGACGAGUUCCUUGUUACGAUCCUCCAACUGACGGACACGGCUGAUGUAUGCCUCAAGGCGAGAGUUCAAUUGUUGCAUUUCUUGCUUCUCACGCUCAGCAGCGGCGACGAAUUCUUCAGCUGCAUGGCUGGCUGA